CUUGAAAACCUACCCCACUGUACGUCACUGUGGUAUACUGUUCUUAUUUAUUUAUGUGUUUAUAAGGGAGACUACUUUCUCCCAAUCUAAAGAAAAUAAUGUGCAAAUUUCUUGUACUCUUAAUUGAUCGUGUUUACAUUAGAAAAUCACCAUACAAUUGAACAUACAAAUUGAAUUUCACUCUGAAAUUGAAAUAUAGAAACAUUGUUAGGAGUGCAGUAUCCCCUAGUAGUCCCCCAAUCUGGAGAUAAACCAUUCGAAAUAUGCGUUGGAUAUCAGUUCUGGAAGGUGGCCCAAAACGGGUCAAUCAUGCAGCAGUUGCCGUGAGACACAAAAUUUACUCAUUUGGAGGUUAUUGUACAGGAGAAAAUUCAAGAGAGUACACUUCGAUGGACGUUCACGUUCUCAAUACUGCAACUUUCCGAUGGACCCGUCAUCCAGUUAGCGACUUACCAUACUUCGAAAAUGAUGAUAUUUUGCCAUACAAAAGGUAUGGACACACCGCUAUUGUCUACGGAGAUAAAGUUUAUAUCUGGGGUGGUAGGAACGACCGAGAAUCUUGUUCAACAUUAUUUUGUUUCGAUACAACUUGGCACUGUUGGACAGCUCCAAAGACUACUGGAAAUCCACCUCUAGCCAGGGAUGGCCACAGCGCGUGUUUGUGGAAAAACAAUAUGAUUAUUUUUGGUGGCUAUGAAGAAGAUUCCGAUUCUUUCGCUGGCUCCGUCUAUUCUUUGGAUUUGGAAAAGAUGCAUUGGAGUUAUAUGCAAAUAGAUGGUCCCGAACCAACUUUACGUGAUUUUCAUACCACGGUUGUGAUAGAUGAUCGGAUAUAUUUGUUUGGAGGAAGAGGAGUGGAGAGCGAACCUCACAUGAAUAACGGAAGAAGGUUGGUGUACUGCAACAGCGUUUGGUGUUUGGAUCUUCAACCCAGUACCUUUUAUUGUUGGCGACAAUGCAAAGUUACAGGUGACAAACCGGUUGGUCGACGUAGCCAUUCAUCUUUCGUGUACAACGAUAAAAUGUACAUUUUCGGCGGUUACAAUUCUUUAAGAGAAAGACACUAUAACCACAUGUACGAAUUUGAUCCGAAAACGAUGGUUUGGAGAAAAUUGCAUUUUGAGGGAGAGAUUCCUAGUGAGCGGAGGAGGCAAGCGUGCGUUGUCGUUGGAGACAGAUUGUUUCUUUUCGGCGGAACAAGCCCAGAAGCUCCAGGACUUGUUGACUUUCGUGGGCAAAGUAUGGAUGAUAGGUUGGUGGAUCACAGCGAUAUGUAUGUGCUAGACUUCAAGCCGUCUUUGAAAACACUAUGUAUUUUGGCUGUUGAACGGUACAAGUUGGAU